AUGCUCGAGAGCAAGUAUUGCGCCGUGCUCCGGGGCAGCUCCCACACCAACAAUGUGCGCCUCUACGACGUGAUCGCCCACGGCUGCGUCCCGGUGGUCAUCUCGGACGACUUUCAGCCCCCCCUCGGCGGGCAGUUGCCCUGGGCGGACAUGGCAGUCUUCCUGCCGCCCUCCGAGCUGCCCCGCCUGGCCGAGAUCCUGCUCGCGAUCCCAGAGGAGCGGCGGUGGCAGCUGUUCGACGCCCUUGUGGGCGGCCCCCACUCGGCCGCGAGGGCGCUCGACUGGCGCAGCGGCACCUUCUGGGCGCACGUGCUGGGCGACGCCGCCCGCGGCAUGCUGGCGGGCCAGGCGGGCCACGCCUGGAGGGCCGCAGCCGAGGGGCACCGCGCGGCGGCCCUGCGGCGGCACGGCGCCCGGCGGCUCGACGGCCCGUGCGCUGGCGUGGAGGACGUGCUGCCGGCCAUCGCCGCGGUCGCCCGGAGCGCUCGGCCGCCAGUCCAGGGCGCGGUGGUCGUCGACGCGGACGCGGGCACCGGCGAACUGGCCGAGGGCGUGCUGGUCGGGCUCGGGCAGCUGCACCGGCGCCGGUUGCGCGCGGCCUCUCUGGACGCCGGGGAGCUUGAGGAGGCGGCCGCUGCGGAGUGCGAGCGGCCCGCGGAGGUGGCCACCGUCGUCUCCCUGGAGAGCUCCGCGUCAAGCUUCAGGCGGCUGUCUCUUCUGGCGGAGCGGCAGCAGUGGCGGCUGGGCGGCUGGGCGGGGGUGCUGGGCGCCCUCGCGCAGGAGGACGGCGAGGCGGAGGGGGGCCAGCUGGUGACGCUGCCGACUCUGCAGCGGCAGCUCUUCGAGGGCCAGGACGUGCUGCUGCUCAAGUUUGGCCCGCGCGGCCCGCAGAACGGCGCGCUGGCCGGGGCCCGGGAGGCCCUGCUGGCACAGAAGGUGGGCUUCGUGUGUUUCGGCUACUCGCAGGACGCGUGGGGCCCCCGGCUGCAGCUGCAGGAGAUCGUGCGGUACCUUUUCAGCUUGUCCUACGCGUGCCUGCUGGUAGCGGGUGCCGAGUUGUUCCCGAUGUCCGGGGCGCUCUGGGACGACGCCUACGCGCAGGCCUCGCGGGCCGCGGUCGUCUGCGCCGCGCUGGGCGACGACCGGCUGCUGCAGCUCGCGUCAGCUUUCGGCGGCAGCGCCGCGGCCGCGGCGGGGCUGGUGCUGGCGCUGCGCGAGCUGUACAGCUGA